AUGGGAAUAAACAAGUUGGAUGCUAUUCAAAGUUUAGAUGAUGCCUUCUUGGAGCUUAGACCUGGAGCUGCCCGCAAGGAGAUUAAGAGAACUGAAGAAAUGCUUAAAGAUGAGAAAUGUUGGGGGGAAACGGAUGAGGAUAUCAAUUACCACAAAGCCUUGGAAAGACAAAGGAACAAUCUCCUCCAUACUGAUGAAGCCCUGAUCUUACCGGAUCAGACUUGGACCGUCACGACUGGAUCCGAGCUGAAGUUUGAACGAGAUGGGGGGAUACCUGCAAGGCACUCCGAUGCUGAAGUAAGUGAGAGUACGAGCAGGCAAAAGUUUGAGUAUGGGUAA